AUGGCGUUCUUAAGAUUACAGAGUAAUCACAUUUCAUCCAGUUUGUCAAAAAAUCCUGAUCGGGUUCUUAGGUGUAGACAUGUGUCUAUCGUAGAGCCUCCUCCAGAAAUCAUAGGCCUUUUAAGAGAAGUCGGGUUCUAUCAUGCGGCUCAAAUUGAUGCCGCUCUUGUGAGCGCAUUAGUGGAGAGAUGGUGGACUGAAACACACAUGUUUAACUUUACAUGCGGUGAGACAGCAAUCACGUUGGAAGAUGUGGCGCUAUUACUUAGCUUACCCAUUAACGACCUCGAAGUCCUCGGGCAAACUUCUGGCUUAGGAAGUGCUGUCUGUGCAGAGUUGCUUGGAGUGGUCCCACCGGCGGAGCAAAGGAAAGGUCAGAGUAUAACUCUAACGUGGCUUGAGGAAACAUUUGGCAUGUUACCAUACGAUGCAGGUCAACGACAGAUAGAAUGUUAUGCACGUGCCUAUACCCUAAGGCUUAUCGGUUGUGUCCUCAUGCCAGAUAUGUCUCAGAACAUGGUUCAUCUUAAGUGGUUACCACUUCUGAGGGAUUUUAUAGAAGCAGGAAGAUACAAUUGGGGUUCAGCAUGUCUAGCAACCCUGUACAGGAUUUCAAGUAUAUCCCCUCGAACCCGUGCUUUUGUAUCCUUUCCUCUGGCUCAAAGGUGGGAGCACAUUGAAGUGGAUGAUGAUAGCUGCAGCAACAAGCACAAUGUGAAGAUAUAUAGGUAG